AUGGUUGGAAACGUUAACGAAGACCCGGAGGGAAGCCGGAUCACUUAUGUGAAAGGAGAUCUUUUUGCAUGCCCCCCAACAGACUCUUUAGCCCACUGUAUCAGUGAGGAUUGUCGAAUGGGAGCUGGAAUUGCUGUUCUCUUCAAGAAGAAAUUUGGAGGGGUACAGGAUCUGAUAAGUCAACAAAAGAAAACCGGAGGAGUGGUUGUUCUGAAGAGAGAUGGGCGAUACAUCUAUUACUUGAUUACAAAGAAAAGGGCUUCACACAAGCCAACGUAUGAAAACCUACGGAAGAGUUUAGAAGCCAUGAAGUCUCAUUGUCUGCAAAAUGGAGUCACAGACCUCUGCAUGCCCAGGAUUGGAUGUGGUCUUGAUGGUCUUCAGUGGGAAAAUGUAUCUGUGAUGAUUGAGGAGGUAUUUGAGGCAACAGACAUCAGAAUUACUGUGUACGCACUUUGAACAGAUGAGCUUUUGGAUGUGUUCACAUUCUCUUGUAUUAUUGCUUCUGGGCUGUAGAACUGGGACAAACUGAUCUUAAAAUAGCCAGAGGAAAAAUUACAUUUCACAUGAAGUAGUCCAUGUCACACGCCAGACUUGGGAUAAUAAGUGGACUGGGACUCUGGAGGAGAGAUUCUUGAGAUAUCUUGCGCUGAGUUUUGGGUUAUUCUUGCAAAAAGGUAAGUAUGGAGUAGGUAGCCUUUAUUAGGUAGGAAAACUGUUGGGCCUAUGAUUUAUUUUGCUCCAGGAUAUAUUAUGUGAUUCCUCUGACUUGC